UUUGUUUCAACAGUCAGACAUGUAUUUAGCAUUGAGUUCAGAAAAAAUUAAAGUUUUAAAAUUUUGAAAAUCUACUUUUUCUAAAUAUAAUGCAUAGUGCUAGUAGCCCUAACAUCCAUACGCAGCACAACAGUCCGGCAUCGUCCAUGAAUUCGAAGUGCAGGCGGAGAUAGCAGCUUUACCUUGCUACUUUCUAUGACAAGAGCCCUGUUCCAAGAUGGCGGCGGUUUUGACGCAUGCUUAGAACCCCAAGGCGACAUCUAGUGUACAUAUCUAUGGGGCUUCUCUCUGUGAAUGAUGAGUGGAAGAUUUGCACCACGUUGGCCCUGUCCCAAAUGGCGCACUUCAUGUGGACUUUCGGUCUCGUGGCCUUAAAUUGCGCAUUCUCGCUUAGUCUAUGAGUCCGUAGGGUGUCCCAUCUGUCAUUUUUACGCUUUGAAGUGUGCUCAUUAGCGCCUCCUUUGCCCCCUUGAUACGAUCUUCAGCGAAGCCCGCACUGCAGCAGGCUUCGCGCACUUUACCAACCCAGAAGUCCUUGCGAAAGGGCAAUCAGACCAAUCAGACGACGGAAGAGAGGAGUUCACACUGACGGGCAACUUCUCUACCUAUUUCCGGUGUGACGCUCGAGUCUGUCCCAAAAUACGACUCCGGUGCACCCACGUGGACUCGCAUCAAGGGUCCCUAAAGUGUGGACUACGUGAUGUCAUCAAAGUGUGGACUCUGAGGAGGACCACAAGUCCGGAGUGUGCCAUUUGGGACAGGGCCAUUCACGCGCCUCUUCGCUGUUUCUUCUUUUGGUUUCAUGGCGGUUGGCAACUAUCUUUAAUGGUGCAUUACCGCCACCUGUUGGGGUGGGGUAAUUAUAGCAUGAAUCCUCAUUGCACCUCAAUCGCAGUUUCAUAUUUUUUAUAACUUUGACCGAAUAUGUAAAACUCUUUACAUUUAUUUAAGAUAAUAAUAAACAUGGUUUGGUAAUUUAUUUUCUCUGUUGUUUUAGCAUCUAUAAUAGAUUAUAGCUUUCUUAGAUUAUGAGUUGAAAACAUGGUCAGUUAAAACACGUAGUCAAAUAGUCCAGCCAAAACUACUUAGUUGAAAUCACGUCGUAAGCCAGUCCAAGGCGGACAAACUUAUUUUCAACCAUAUUUCAACGUUGAAAUACGGUAAUUGUUUGAUUAUUUUUAUUGACUGUAGCGUUUUUACUCCGCGGGCUUUGAGGGCCCCUGCUGGCCACAAGCGGAUUUAAUGAUUUCUUUAUAAAUGAUCAUUUAUAAACAUGCGACCCAUAAACAGAAAAAAAUUAACCAGACAACGUACUAAAAGACAACUUUUGCUUAGGGUAAAACUAAGACUGGGCUUGACAAAUAUUCAAUCAAAUAUUUAACCAAAAAAGACGCGAAACAGGUGUGAAUGCGCAACACACAUUACAUCCAAGCGAAAGAAGACACUAAAGACAAUCAGGCUUGUUUUAUCAGUUCUUUUUGGUGGGGCCAGUGCUAAUUUGGCAGCGCAGUAACAAUCUAAACAAAAAGUCCUUAAUUUAAAAUAAUUUCUUUUUAUUUUGAAUACGAAGGAGACUAAAUUAAGAGUUUGGUUCCAAAACUCCAUUUAAAAAAAUAAUUGUCAAAACAUGUUUAUUAUUAUCAUGUUUUUGUUGUGUUUUAUGGUGCUACUUAGCUGUAUUUUUAGUUAUAAAGGCUUAAUCAAUACAACCAACUGCAGUUUGAUUGAUAUUAAUUGGAAUGCACAAUUAAAAAAACAAGAUUUUUAAAAAAUGAUCCAAGUUGUCUUUUUUUUGGAACAAAACUCUUAAUAUUUUCUUUAAAUAAUGCUUAUUUUACACUAAACCGUAACAAAUUUUGUGUUCAGUUGUGCAGUUCAAAGUAAAAUAAAUCCUGUUUACAUAUACCUGAAUGUUGUGUAAAUCAAAGGAAAAUCAUACACAAUCUUAGGGCGUGGGGGCCCCAGGCCAUUGGACUUUGCUUAGGGGCUCACCUGGUUAUUCAUGCUGGACUUUUCUACUGUAACAUACUGAUUUUUGAGAUGAAGAUAGUUUACCAUAUGUUUUUUUUUUCUCCUAUAAUUGUGCCCCCAGGAUAAACGUCUGAUUUGGUCUGAUCAGAGUUAAUCAUGUGGAAUCCUGCAAGGUAGGGAUAUUUCUCUAUGAUCUAUGCCCUGAUUUCACAGACAAGGCUAGUCAUAGACUAAAACACGUUUGAGCUGUCGCAACUGAAAAUUAUUGCAAUUGCAUUGACAGAUUUUAAGUAUUUGUCUCAAGAUACACAGCAGUAACAUAAUUUUUUAUGGCAUGUUUAUAAUAGAUGCUUAAACAUCUUCAUUUAACUAAGGCCUAGUCCUGGCUUUACUGUAGCUAAUUCUUGUCUGUGAAACCAGGCCUAUGUGUAACUGCAAGCUAUCUAAUGAUAUAUUAGAUAGGCCUACUUCAUUAUACAUAUUAUAAUCAUUUUGAGAUUAGUGACAUAGCUAAUUACAUACUUUUAUCUUUUGCACUUUUAUCCUCAUCUUUCCUAUUUUCCUAACCUGUGCACAUGAUUACAUCCCCCGCUCCUCCUCCCUUUCUGUGGGCUGGAUUAUGUUAUGUUUUUGACAGCAGACGCAGGCCGCAAAUAGCCUGCGGGCCGCGAGUUUGAGAUGUAAAAUAAUUACUGUUGUAAAAUCCUGUUGUAUUUAAAAGGGUAGACACCAGGGAAAUUAACACCACUUAAAAAAGAUCGUCAACUCCUUCCGCCAUCUUGGCUCCCCAUCAAGAAGCAUGUUGAUAGGCAUGUAAACUGGUUGUUAUGUUUUCGUAUGGCUAUCGCAGCACAGUGAUGUCACAUGCCAAUCGAUCUGUGCAGCGUGGCAUGAAGAGCAAGGGGGUCUGCCUAGGGUCACCAAAUAUCUCAAACACCAAAAAUGUCAACAUUGGUGCUGCUUCCGAAACCGCCUAUUUUCCUACUAUAGUAUCCAAAAAGCAGUAGCAAAGCAAGUAGUAUGUCCAAAUUCAUCGUAUUCCAAAAAACAUCAGGUGAAAAGUACCCAGAUAAGUUAAUGGGUUACCUGCUGUUAUGACCACAUGUGUCACAUGAUGUAUCAACAGUGUGAAUGUAGUAUGUUCGAAUUUCAUUCACACUACAUUCAUACUAUAGUACAUACUGUUUUAAUAGUCGAUGAGUAGGUAUUUUAUUUAAUGCUGCAUUCCAGGCAGGUUUUUGAGCCGUGACUCACGACUCAGAACUGGAAGUACAUGUUCCAGGCAGCCUGUAACCCGUGUUUUUUUCUUCUACCUGUGAAAGUGCACUGGAACGGCAGUCAAACCUGUGACUUCCCACCCGUGAACUCGUACUAGAUCGAUGUACUCACACUUCAAAGCCGUGAGUCAUGGUUUUGAAGUCACAGGUUGCCUGGAGCUAGCAUAAAUUAGUACGCACUGUACUUGGCAUUUCUCAAUAUGCAUUCUUGUCUGUAGUUGUGAUCUUGUUUGUGAAAUGUCAUCAGUGGCCCAAGUACUGUUCAGGGUGAUCAUACGUCCUCUUUAUCCAGCACAUGUCCUCUUUUUAGAUUUAAAAAAAUGGGAUUUGGGAUUUCUAAAUUGCCCAAAAUGUCCUGGAUUCUGCUUUUGCUUUCUGCAGUCACUAUUCAUUGUGUGGUUUUGCAUUGCUUUGACCUUUCUCUUUAGGUCCCGCCUUUCAGCACUUCACAUUCGGAGCUACGCAAACAUUGGUCGAACUGCAUCUCAAUCAUUACCCUCAUUAUCACGGCAUAUGAAAAUGACGGCAAGUUUCAGCUCCGCCCUGCAUUAUUUAACGCCUUCAUCAAGUUCAUUCCAGUUUAACAGCCGCAGCGCAUAUAAGAGCAAACAUCUGAGUGCAAGGUCUAUGAGCACCAAGAUGGGGAAAAGGCCGCUGCUGUCUGUACAGCCCAGUCGAGGUCUGGUGGAUGAGAUGUUUCAGAUUGUCAUAAUGAAUUUAUUGCCAAAUCAGAAGGCGACGCUGCACUCUUUACAUCAGUCAGAGGAUAAGGAUUUCUGGGAGGCGUUUGGACACUACAUCAGUGAUGAACAUGGAACAGUGACAGUAUCCAAAGAUGAAAGUUUGGGAGGCACUUAUGAAGGGACAGAGCCAAUGGGGUUGCUGUGGAGCAUGAGGCCUGUACCAGGAAGUCGAAGUGGACUCAGGUUGCGCAAGAAGGAUGUGCUCUCACCAAUGGUGGUUCACAUUUCCUUAUACAGUGGUCAUCUAUCUGAAGGCUUCGGCCAGCAAACAGCUUUGGCAACCAGUGUCACAGAACGCUGGUACAUAGCACCAGGUGUGCAAAGGGUGGAUGUUAGAGAAAAAGGAGUUCGAGGAACAUUGUUUUUUCCUCCAGGCCCAGGACCUUACCCAGGAGUGAUGGACUUGUGGGGUGGAGGUGGUGGUUUAGUUGAGUAUCGCACAGCCCUGCUUGCAUCUCAUGGUUUUGCCUCAAUGGCAAUACAGUACCUGAAUCCCAAUAAGGAGAGAAGAGCAGAUACUGAUGCUUCUUACUUUGAAGGUGCAUAUAAGAUCCUCCAGAAUCAUCCGAAGGUACAAAAGGAUCGACUGGCUAUGCUUGGACUAUCAUUUGGAGGUGUAGUUACACUCAGCAUGGCGGUCAACUCCAAAAUCAUCAAGCCCCAGUGCUGUGUGUGCAUUAGUGGGAGUCAUGUGGGUUCUGUGGAUAAAUCUCUCUUUGAAAUAUUUAAGGAGAUUAAACAAAAUGUGAAUACGAUGCGUGUGAAUGAGGAUAACCAGUUAAUCCACAGAAACUUUAUCCUGCCGAUUCCCUCAGACCUGACUCAAAAAAUGGACGUUGGGAAAAUAAAGUGUCCCCUUCUGUUGGUGAACGGUGGUGAUGAUGAGACCUUGCCUACUGUUGAAUCUGCUGAAGAUAUGGAAGAGAUUAUGAAGAAAGCAGGAAAUCUUCACUUGUUGGAAGUCUUGACCUAUCCUGGUGCGGGUCAUCUGAUUGAACCUCCUUAUACACCUCACUUCCGUGCAAGCAACUUCAUUAUUCACGGCGGUGAGAAAGUCAGCAUCCGGGGGUCCUCCUCUGAGUCUGUCUCGCCCGUCACAGUGCCUGUUCCCCCUUCUGCACUCUCAGCACCACGGCCUAAGAAGAAGAAGAGGAGGAAAGGAUCUUUGGCUAAACAACUUCGCCACAGCCACAACUGCCUGCGCAUCAGUGGGGUAGACCAUUACCCAAGCCUGCCUUUACGCUUUGCCCUCAGUCCUUGCCUACACCCUGUAAGAUAAUUUCCUAAAUAAAUAUAGCACCUCCCCAAAGAAGUGCCCAGGAAGGCAACCCUCUACGAUUCACAGUGGAUUUCCGACACAUUUGGGUUUCAAGACACACCUUUAGGGUGUCAUACAUUUGUAUUCUUAUUCUCUCAUCUACCAUUUGUAUGGAGAUGUGAUGUUUGACAAUCAAGAGUAUCUAUCCGUCUGCAGAUCUACCAUUUGUAUGGAGAUGUGAUGUUUGACAAUCAAGGGUAGCUCUUUUCUAUUGAAAUGUCUCAGUGCAAGUGGUUACAAUGGUCUCACUCAUGUAACAACAGAAUUCAAUGUUAAAGUAUGUGAAACUUCAAUCAAUGUUGAUAGACACCUCCCAUUCUAAGCAUAAAUCAAUCACCCACUGUAUACAAAUUAAGGACAGCCUUUAGUUUGACAACAACCAAUCAGUAUCAAAUUCCUAUAUGCUUUGUUCUCUGGUUAUUUAAGGAGAUGUGUAGAAGAUUUAGGUGGGACUUUGAAUAUCUAGAAAUGCACCCCCAUGAUACUGUAUCUUUGAUAUAGCAUCAUGUAUUUUCAUUUUAUUUUGAGGAAUCUGUAACCAGAUCUCCAUCUCCUUACCAGGUAUGCAAUGGUUUUGUUUAUUUUCGUAUUUGAAUUGGAAUGUAAAUUGGCUUAUGAAUUAUGUUUUUCCUGCCUGGUUAAUAAAUUGUUAUGUUUGAUUUUA